UUAAAUUUUCUACAAACAUGUGAUUGUGUUUUGAAAAAAAAGAAAAAGAAGGGUGGGGUACUGUUGAGAAGCGAGACUCACACAACUACGGAAAAGAUCAUCAAUACAAGGGACACAAUAACGGAGCCUAUUUCGAGUACAAACAACUAUCCAAAACCUGCUUAUAAUGUCAAGUUCGUGAAUUUGUGAAGAGCAUUAUGCUCGGCGGUCGUGAAGCUCAAAGAGCUCAAUAUAAUAUUUUAAAUUCUAUGAGGGGAUCUCGUAGCUCUUUAUGGUCCAAUGCAAACACAGCUUAUGUUGGAUUCACGAGCAACCCAGGGAAGUAUUGCAUUCGAAAAAGCCCAAAUGCGCCCAAUGAUCGAGACUUUUGGGUCGAUGUGUGUCAAUCGCAAAUUGGAACAGUUCUGAAAAUUGGAAAUGGAGUGAACGACUUGGCAUUUGUUCCUGGAAAGCGAUCACACAAAUGAAGUUCAACGAUGUGCAUUUGAUCAACAAAAAUCACUCAGAGAUUUCAUCAGCGAAUUCCACGAUUUUUUUUGAUAGUGUUGACGUUGCUUGUGGGAUCAAUCGAUCUUCAGUUGAGUUCGUUUCUCUUGGAUCUUGGAAAGACAAUGAAAAUCCACUAUUCGAUACUUCUGCUAUGAGAUUGAUGAUUGCUUCCCGCGAUGAAGACACCAAGUGCUCUAUGCUGGUAGCAAUAUUGUCUACGUUGGAUUCACUUUUGCACUCAGAAACCGCUCUAUCCGUAUUCGACUGCUGCAUUAAUCUUCGAAAUAUUGGGCUAUUGUAUGAUAUGAAAAUUCAGGAUUAUCAAUACAUUUUCGAUACAAUUCUUGACUACUUCAUUAUUGGUCAAGCUGCCGUUGCCACUCCCGAGUUGACCAGAAUGUACCACCACUACAAGCAGCAAUAA